GCGGGAGCACUCGGGCCGAGCCAUGCCGGCUGCGCGCGUGGAGUACGUCGCGCCCUGGUGGGUUGCGUGGCUGCACAGCGUCCCGCACCUGGGCCUGCGCCUGCAGCCGGUGGACAGCACCUUCAAGCCCCGCGAUGAGAGUUACCGGGAGUCACUGCUGUUCCUGGGGCUGGUGGCCGCCGUCUGCCUGGGCCUCAACCUUGUCAUCCUCGCGACUUACGUGGUCUGCGUGUGCUGCUGCAGGCAGGACGAGGCCGUGCAGACCAAGCGGCGGGACUCCUGCUGUGUCACCUGGACGGCGGUGGUGGCCGGGCUCAUCUGCUGUGCCGCGGUGGGCGUUGGUUUCUAUGGAAACAGCGAGACCAACGACGGGGUGUACCAGCUGAUCUACUCCGUGGACAACGCGAACCACACCUUCUCCGGGAUAGAUGAACUGGUGUCCGGAACCACCCAGAAGAUGAAGGUGGACCUCGAGCAGCACCUGGCCCGGCUCAGUGAGAUCUUUGCCGCUCGGGGCGAUUAUAUCCAGACGCUGAAGUUCGUGCAGCAGAUGGCGGCCAACAUCCUGGUCCAGCUCUCGGGGCUGCCCGUGUGGAGGGAGGUCACCACAGAGCUGACCGAGCUGGCCGACCAGACUGGCUACGUGGAGUACUACAGAUGGCUUUCCUACCUCCUGCUCUUCAUCCUGGACCUGGUCAUCUGCCUCGUCGCCUGCCUGGGACUGGCCAGGCGCUCCAGGUGUCUUCUGGUCUCGACACUGUGCUGUGCGGCACUGGGCCUGUUCCUCAGCUGGACGUCUCUUGCUGCUGACAGCGCAGCCGCUGUGGGCACCGGUGACUUCUGCUCCGAUCCCGACACCUUCCUCCUGAACAUCACAGAGGGCCAGGUCCGCACAGAGGUGACCCGUUACUACCUCUACUGCGGUCAGAGCGGAAGCAGCCCCUUCCAGCAGGCGCUGACCAUCUUCCAGCGCUCGCUCACCACCAUGCAGAGCCAGGUGGCCGGCCUGCUGCAGUUCGCCGUGCCUGUCUUCCCCACGGCCGAGAAGGACCUGCUGGGAAUCCAGCUCCUGCUGAACUCCUCCGAGUCCGGCCUCCACCAGCUGACGGCCAUGCUGGAUUGCCGAGGGCUGCACAAGGACUACCUGGACGCCCUUAAUGGCAUCUGCUACGAUGGCAUCGAAGGCUUGCUGUACCUGGCCCUCUUCUCCCUCCUGGCUGCCCUGGCCUUCUCCACCAUGAUCUGUGCAGGACCGAGGGCCUGGAAACACUUCACUACCAGGGACAGAGACUACGAUGAUAUCGACAGUGAGGACCCGUUCAACCCCCAGGCCCGACGUAUGGCAGCUCACAACCCGCCCCGGGGGCAGCUCCGCAGCUUUUGCAGCUACAGCAGCGGCCUGGGCAGCCAGACCAGCCUGCAGCCCCCGGCUCAGACCAUCUCCAACGCCCCAGUCUCAGAGUACAUGAACCAGGCCAUGCUCUUCGGCGGGAACCCACGCUACGAGAACGUGCCCCUCAUCGGAAGAGGCUCCCCUCCUCCCACGUAUUCUCCCAGCAUGAGGGCCACUUACCUGUCCGUGGCGGACGAGCACCUGAGACACUACGGCAAUGACUUUCCAGCCUAACGCACUUUUCUGCAGAGGUUCCUGCCUCCUUGAUCCGUUUUGGUUUUUAACAAAUCCCGGCACAAGCUGCGUUUCUUUAAUAGAAACCAAAGGCGUCUGGAGGCCAGGGGCAGGACUCCGGGAUGGGCAGGCUGCCUCGGCGCGUCAGCGAUUCAGGGAGAAUCCGCCUGAGCUCGGCUGAGAUGUCUGACCCAAGGCCCUGGCAGACAGAAGACCCGUGACCCCGGGCCGGCCUCUCUCUCUUCUGCCCUCCUGUCCACGCAGGCAAUGCCCCCCGGGGUGCUCGGCUGUGCCAAGGGUAUUGGAGAGCCGUGCAGGGGGUGGCCCCAGAGCUGGGGGGUGGCCACAGCCACAUCCCCGGCAGGCUUUCCGCAGGGAGACCCCUUGGGAAGGUGAGUGACAGUUGCCACAGCCCACCCACCUUCUCUUCUGCCACCCUCCACUGCCUCUCCUCCAUUCCAGAAUGGAAUUCCAGAUGCUGUGAGUUGGUUCACUACGGAUAGGGACAGUCUCAGGCAUUAAUAGACACUUUGAAAGCGAUACUAACUCUUCCCCCCACCCCAAGUGUUUUAAAUAUUGUGAUUAUCCAAAGAAUUGAAACUCCUAGCACAUCCAGUUUUUACAAGAGGUCUGGGGCGCAUUCCUUCCCCCUGGAUUGAAUACCAUUCUUUGGCAGGUGUUGCUGGCCUCAGUUCUUUGAGGGUCUGGAGGAAGGGAGGAUUUUUAAAGUACUGAUCCCUGAGACCUGCUGUCCCAAGCUGCUGCUUGAUGGGGAGGUGGGUUCAUCCCGUUUAAGGAGGGAGGCCCUUUAAGACACAAAAGAAGUUAAGAGGGACCCCCGCACGCACCCCUCUGUUCUGGGGACUGCCCAGGUGAACUGCCCCUCCCUUUGGUCUUCAAGCAGUUCUGUCUUAAAAGUUUUAGCAAGGUGGGAUGGUCGUAUCUUGACCUGAGGCAGGCCUCUUUCCCCCCCCCCCCAACCUUGUAGCCAGCCCGUUGUCCCGGGCCCCCAUAAGCUGUACCUACUCCGUGAGAAGGCGUUUGUUGGCCAGGAGGAAAUAAUGACCCACCGUCCUACCUGCUGAGGGUCCAGGGUUAGGGUCUCUGGUGCUUCUCAUCUCCUGUCAACUCAGAGUGCACAACACUGAUGCCCCCACGGUCUUGCACACCCAGAGCCAGGGACAUGGGGUAACCCUGCUGGGGACAAGGGUUCCACUUCCGUUUUUGAAGACCUCCUUUCCCAUCAGAAUGCUGACAGCAGUGGCUCUCAGCGCCCAGCCAAGCCUCUGUGACCCAACAGGGCCCAGGACCGCCCGGACUCUUACCUCACCCGCGCUAACUUAGAGAAGUACCGUGUACCAUAAAUGUGUCCGUGUAUGACCGCAUCGCAUGCAGAUAGGAAGCCCGCAACGCCAUGACGUUGCUUCUUAACAUUUUGUUGCUGGCGACUGUAGAGUUGUUUUUAAUGCAUGUAAACUAAGCUAGACUCCUUCGGGUAGUUCCUGAAGGACCAGGUGGGCUUGCCUCCGCUUGAUACGUGUGUGCCCUCGCCUGGGGAGAAAUAAACCACUUGUACUAAAA